CUGUAAUGGUUUUUUCUUCUGUCACAGGCCUAACAUCACCAUCCUUGUUUAUUUGAGAACUUGGCCCAGAAACCUCAACAGUGUUUUCAGCCACCGCGGCUUUAACUCUUACACACUCUGGCGGUCAACGAUUAGCACGUGGUGAUAAUUGGUUCGGAUAGUAACAAACAACGUAGUUCGUAUGUAGCUGAUAAUACCAAUUCUAGGUUCAAGCAAGUGAGAGCCAUGGAGGAGAUUUCAGGUUCAGGGUACAAGGAAUAUGUUGCUGGCUGUCUCGCCGGUGUUGCCGCUGUAGCCUCUGGCCACCCAUUUGACACCGUCAAGGUGAUGCUGCAAAAGCACAAUGCAGAAGCACAUAUGAUUCAGUACAGAAAUGGAUUGCAUUGCACUGCUAGGAUAUUAAAGACAGAAGGAAUCAAAGGACUUUAUAGAGGAGCAACAUCAUCUUUUGUUGGGAUGGCAGUAGAAGGAUCACUAUUUUUUGGUAUUUAUUCCCAAACAAAAAUGUACCUUCAGGGGGGAGUUCAAAGUGAGGAACCACGGCCACAAGUAAUAAUACCAUCUGCAGCUUAUAGUGGUGCCAUCAUCAGUUUUGUGUUAGGUCCAACAGAGCUGAUAAAGUGUAGGAUGCAGAUACAAGGCACUGACUCUUUGGUUCCCAAGUCCAGUAGAUACAGUAGUCCCCUUGAUUGUGCUCUUAAAACAGUAGAAACUGAAGGGGUGAAAGGAAUUUUUCGUGGAGGUUGUACAACAUUGCUUAGAGAAUCUAUAGGGAAUGCUGUCUUUAUGAGUGUUUACGAAUAUGUGCGUCAUCAAAUGCAUUCAAAUAUCAAAGUUUCUUCAUCCAAUUACAGCAACCUGGUUGAUAUUGGAAUCGGAAUUGCUGCUGGUGGUCUUGGUGGCGUUGGUUUUUGGUUGACGGUUUUGCCUCUUGACGUGGCAAAGACUUUAAUUCAGACAAACCCUGACAAAAACUGUCCAAGAAAUCCUUUCCGGGUCUUGAGUUCGGUCUACCAAAGGGCUGGAUUGAAGGGGUGCUAUGCGGGUUUAGGUCCUACUAUAAGUCGAGCAUUUCCUGCUAAUGCUGCAACAAUUGUGGCGUGGGAGUUCGCAUUGAAAAUGCUAGGCAUAAGGCGUGACUAAGUCUACCAAAUUGCUGAUCAUACGGCAAAGCUCAGGACAUCAUUCAGCAUUGCAUUUGAAGCUGCUUAUUUAAUUCUUUUUUAUUAGAGAGCUUGGUUAAAGAACUUGGAACCAGGGGCCUUGAUUUUUAGCUGUCCUCUCCAUGCUUUUUACCCUCCAAUUUUUUGGAUAGAAACAUUUCUAUCACUGGCAUAAAAUAAUAUUGUUAAUAGCCAUUGAAGUUGAACAUUUUUGGAAGUGUAUGGCAUGGCCAAGGCAGAAAAAGCCCACCUUUUUGCACAAUUAAACUGCUGGGGCCACCUUUUAUCAGUUUUAUGACCUCUCUCCACAACAGAGUUCAUACGUUAUUAUAAAUUAGUAAUCCUACAUUGAGUAGAAAAAAGAAAAAAAGACUUGAUGCUGUUAUGACACAGUCAUUUGAUGGGUUAGUAAUUUGGAUUGGUACAGAAGUUCUAACA